AUGCAUCGCCAGUAUUGCUCAUCUGCAGUGGCUUUCACGUUUUACGCAGCCGAGCACCAUUGGUGCACCAAGGCGUUCGGAUGUGCUGAUGCGCACCUUCUGCACAACGGCGUCAGUGUCAAUCUGCAGUUGCAGCGCGCUGGUGCCAUCGGCCUCGCCUUGCCUUUUGUCGCUUGCUUGGCAGCGGCAUUGAGCUUGCGCUCAGUCCAUUUCCUGCGGCCUCUCUUGGCAUUGGCUUUGCUUUCGUCAGUAUUGGUGAGUUUGACGGUAGUUGCCUUUGCGCAUCACUUGGCAGCAGCUUCAAAGCGCCUGUACUUCGCUUGGUGUUACAACGCUGGUUUGCCAACAGAAAUCGUUGCGCAGCUUUACCUUACUUUGCAAACCACAGCAGACCUGGCCUAUGCAUGCUUUGCCUUAGUGGGAUUGGCCGCGCUUGGUGCGGGAUCGUGUUGGUCGGAACUUGACAGUCACUCCAAGGUUGCUCGAACAACAAAAGCCAUGGCCAUUGCAUUGCUUGCCUGCUUGAGUUCUGCAGGUUCAGCUUCCAGCAGCAAGCUCCUCGUGUGUGCAGGCUUGGUGAAGACAACGGGUCACAAGUUGCGUCACAAGUUGCGUGACAGUAUGAGCACUGCCAAGGCCAAGGCUGCCAACAUGGCCACUAGGUUGCCUACCGUGUCGGCGUGGGCGAGUGUAGCUGUGGUCAGCUGGGGCAUUUGUUCUUCGGGCAGAAGGUUGGUCCACCUGAAAGACAUGUUCGUCAGUGCCUUCGUUGCAGCGCAGAAGCAGAUGGCAGACUCCGGCUCGCAGCUAUCCCAGAAGCUGCUGCGCCUGGGAUUUGUUGUGCCAGUCACUGCGCUUGCUUACGCGCGUGCUGAGCGUGCAGUGCAUGCUGGACUCGCACUUGCGCGUGGAGCCAUGACAACGAACGUUGCAUCACUUUUCGUUGCAGGUUUGAUGUCGCUUUGCCUUUGCUACUUACAGUUGGAAGACCUUUUCCAGAAUGCCGUUGCUCAAAAGGAAACGUUUGACAUGCUGCGAGGGGCCUUGCUGGGUGAAGCCUUACCUGGCGGUGGAUCAUGCGUGAAGCUGAACCCAACAUUGCGUGGACAGCCUUGGGGUUCUCCCAUCGUCCAGGGCACCCUCGCACAGGCACUGCAGCAGGGGCCCAGUCUGGAGCCGUUGAGUAUCAAGUAA